AUGGCAACCAAGAAAACCAGAGGGAGGCAAAAGAUUGAGAUGAAGAGAAUUGAAAAAGAAGAAGAUAGGUUGAUCAUUUUCUCAAAACGUAGAUCUGAUAUCUACAAAAAGACGAGCAAACUUGUAACUCUUACUGGAGCUGAAAUUGGAAUCCUAGUGUUUUCACCAUUGGGAAAGGCUUUCUCCUUUGGCCACCCGUUCUUUGAAGUUAUGGCAACCCACUUCGUGGGUAUGCAGACACUUGGAUGUGACACAAUCCAUCCCUUGUUGGAGGCUCACCGUGAAGCGAGAAUCAAUGAAUUGAGUCAGCUUCACGAGGACCUCCCUAACCAACUUGAGACUAAGAAAGAGCGAGGGAAGUUGCUAAAACAAAUGACAAAUGGGACAAAAACUAUGGGAUGGUGGGAAACUCCUACUGAUCAACUUAACGUGGAGGAGUUCCAACAAAUGUAUGUUUCUUUGGACAAGUUGCAACAAAGUUUACAAAACGAAAUCUUCAUUAAGACUGGUGGUGAUCUUGGAGCCUCUUCUUCAACAAUGGUUCCUCCAUUGAAUCCUAACCAAAUAACAAAUCUUUUUCCAACAAAUAAUAUAAAUGAAGCAGAUCAAUCUUGUAGUUCUUUUCCUCAAAGUUGUGAUAGUUUAUUGUCUAAUCAGUUCUAA